GUUCCAAACUUCCAAUUAACAUUCGAACAAACCAAAAAGUCUCUGUUCGACGAUAAAUUGGGAUGGGGUGGAUGUUAUGGAGGCAGGUGGCGUGCAUUGGUCACAUCAUCCCCAGAUGAAACCCAUUGAUCCCUGGGACCAACUAAUAAUCAUUUAAGUCAUACCGGUAGACUCAUCAGUAGCGCAAGGGUGGUCUCUGUCACAAGUAAUCCUAGCCCUAGGCAGAAGCGUAGGUGUAUCAGCAUGGCUUCCACUGCCUCAGCUGAAGACAAGCUCACUGCUCCUUUCGGUUCUUGGAAAUCGCCCAUAACCGCCGACGUUGUCUCUGGUGCUGAGAAGCGUUUGGGUGGCACCGCCGUCGACGCCCGCGGCCGACUCAUCUUUCUCGAAUCGCGUCCUACUGAGUCUGGCCGAUCGGUUCUUGUUAAAGAAUCGGGGAAAGCAGGGGAGGAACCGAUUGAUAUUACGCCCAAAGAGUUUUCAGUGCGAACAGUGGCUCAAGAGUACGGUGGUGGUGCUUUCAAGAUUUCGGGCGAUACCGUAAUUUUCUCCAAUUACAAGGAUCAAAGACUUUACAAGCAAUCCAUUUCAUCUGAAUAUUCCUCUCCAUCACCAAUUACUCCAGAUUAUGGGGGCCCGGCAGUUUGUUAUGCAGAUGGAGUGUUUGAUUCAAGGUUUGACCGCUUUAUUACUGUGAGAGAAGAUCGAAGGGAAAGUAGUUUGAAUCCAAUCACAACAAUUGUGGCCAUAGAUCUCAGAGACAACAAUAUCCAAGAGCCUAAAGUCUUAGUUGCUGGCAAUGAUUUCUAUGCCUUCCCCCGCCUGGACCCAAAAGGGGAACGGUUGGCAUGGAUUGAAUGGAGUCAUCCUAAUAUGCCAUGGGAUAAAACGGAACUAUGGGUUGGUUAUAUUUCUGAGAAUGGGGAUAUCUGCAAGCGCACCUGUGUUGCUGGUUUCGAUCCUAAACUUUUGGAGUCUCCAACCGAACCUAAGUGGUCCUCCAAGGGGGAGCUAUUUUUCAUUACCGAUAGAAAGUGUGGGUUUUGGAAUCUCCAUAGAUGGAUUGAAUCCAAUAAUGAGGCAGUAGCAGUUUAUUCCAUGGAUGCUGAAUUUACAAGACCUCUAUGGAUUUUUGGCAUGAACUCCUAUGAAUUUCUUCAGAGCCAUGGGCAAAAAGAAUUAAUUGCCUGCAGCUACAGGCAGAAUGGGAGGUCAUAUAUUGGAAUUCUGGAUGCUGUUCAAAGCUCAUUGUCUUUGCUUGAUACUCCUUUCACUGAUAUAAAUAAUAUUACUUCAGGGACUGAAUUCUUUUAUGUAGAGGGAGCUUCUGCGGUUCAUCCAUUAUCAGUAGCUAAGGUGACUUUAGAUGAUCAAAAAUCAAAAGUGGUUGAUUUUAAGAUUAUUUGGUCUUCUUCUCCUGAUAGUUCAAAGUAUAAGUCAUAUUUCAGCUUGCCAGACUUAAUUGAAUUCCCUACAGAAGUUCCUGGCCAGAAUGCUUAUGCAUACUUCUAUCCACCAUCCAACCCCAUUUAUCAAGCUGGUCAAGAAGAAAGGCCUCCAUUAUUAUUAAAAAGCCAUGGAGGGCCUACAAGUGAAACACGUGGAAUUUUAAAUUUGAGUAUCCAGUAUUGGACUAGUCGAGGUUGGGCAUUUGUGGAUGUGAAUUAUGGUGGAAGCACUGGUUAUGGCAGAGAAUAUCGAGAGCGGCUUUUGGGCCGCUGGGGAAUUGUUGAUGUAAAUGACUGUUGCAGUUGUGCUAGAUUUUUGGUAGAAAGUGGAAAAGUAGAUGGUGAUCGACUCUGCAUAACUGGGGGCUCUGCUGGUGGAUAUACAACAUUAGCUGCUCUUGCUUUCAGAGAAACGUUCAAAGCUGGAGCUUCCUUGUAUGGUGUAGCUGACUUGUCCCUGUUGCGAGCGGAAACUCACAAAUUUGAGUCUCAUUACAUUGAUAAUCUUGUUGGAGGUAAAAGUGAUUACUUUGAGAGGUCACCUAUCAACUUCGUUGAUAAAUUUUCUUGUCCCAUAAUUUUAUUCCAGGGAUUGGAAGACAAGGUUGUACCUCCAGUUCAAGCUCGUAAAAUCUACCAGGCAUUGAAGGAAAAGGGUUUGCCUGUUGCUCUUGUGGAGUAUGAAGGAGAACAACAUGGAUUUCGGAAGGCUGAAAAUAUUAAAUUCACAUUGGAGCAACAAAUGGUAUUCUUUGCUCGUUUAGUGGGACACUUCAAGGUGGCAGAUGAGAUUACUCCCAUCAAAAUCGAUAACUUUGACUAAGCCUUUGGUAUGUAAGGUACAUUCAAUGAGCUAGAAACUUGGGAGUAAAGGGCUUAUGGAAUUAUUAUAAACAUGUGUACAAUUUUUUCAUCUUGUUCCCAUGGCUCUACAAACAUGAAAAGAAUUAUCCUAAUCCUGUUUUGUAUCACUCUUAAUCGACUAUUAUCUUUUUUUUUUUUUUUUUUUAAAUCUUUUGAAGUCUCAGUAAAUGUGAUUAUUUCCAAUCAGUUUUAUACUGUCUUUACAGGUCUUUGUCA